AUGUCUAGGAUCAAACAAGACAAACACCUCAUCAUUGCACUCAUCCGAGCUUCGCGCAGUCCCAAGCUCUUGGACAAACAACUCGCAGUCAUGGGGACAUCCAGAGCUCGUGCUGCUCCAAAGACGCCUGCGACGCCGGCCAAGUCGGUGGAGGCGUCACGGCAUUUACCCGACAAGACUUUUGUCAUCGACAAUGGCGCAUACAUGAUCAAAGCGGGCUACGCCUCUGAUCUUUCGCCCGAGGAAAGCGUCUCCACGUGUACCUCAAUCCCGAACACUCUCGUCAAGACGCGCGAUAAUAAAAUUGUCAUCGGCUCUCAGCUGUCAACAGUGACCGAUUGGAAUGAGGCCAUGUUCCGGCGCCCGCUGGAGAAGGGAUACGUCUCGAACUGGGAAGCGGAGAGAGAGAUCUGGGACCAGUCGUUCUUCGAUGAGAAGACCACAGGCAGGAAUAAGAACACUCAUAUCGCCGAUCCGGAGAAUACUACGCUUGUGCUUACUGAAGCGCCGAAUGCGCUGCCCAUUCUACAACGGCACUCGGACGAGAUGAUUAUGGAGGAAUGGGGAUUUGGGGGAUAUGUCAGGUGCAUAGGCCCAACCCUCAAUGCUUGGAACGAAAUUCAUUCUCUCUUCGGCGACCCUCUGACUACAACACCCGACUCAACUCCUCUUCCCGCAGACUGCUUAUUGGUCGUAGAUUCGGGUUAUUCGCACACGACAGUGACUCCGGUCUACAAAGGUCAAGCUCUGCAACGUGGAGUGCGAAGACUUGACAUUGGAGGCAAGCACUUGACAAACUACCUCAAGGAGAUCGUAUCAAUGCGCCAAUAUAACAUGGUGGAUGAAUCAUACAUCAUGAACGAAGUCAAAGAGGCAGUCUGCUAUGUAAGCAAUAACUUCUCUGGUGACUUGGAGCAAACAUGGAAAGCAGGGCGGAAACGCCAGGCCAGUACUGAAGAUGGAAUUGUGUUGGACUAUGUACUUCCUGACCCGAACGCAAACAGGAAGGGCUUCAGCAGACCGCAUGAUCCUCUUAUGCAGGUCAAGAAGAAGAAAGGUGCUCUCUCUGGUCUCAGCACUGAAGUGCUGUCGGAGGAUGUACUUGUACUGGGCAACGAGCGUUUUGCUGUACCAGAAAUCCUGUUCACCCCGAGCGAUAUCGGAAUGAAGUCAGCUGGCAUUCCCGAAAUAAUUUUACAAAGUUUGUCAGCUCUUCCUACCGGCCUACACUCUGCAUUCCUGGCGAAUGUGAUAGUUGUUGGCGGGAAUGCCUUGAUUCCAGGCUUCAUGGAAAGACUUGAAACAGAAUUGCGACAAAUCGCAUCUGCCGAAUGUGUGGUGAGAGUGCGCCGGGCUACUGACCCCGUCCACUCAACAUGGCUUGGAGCCUGCAGAUUCGCGACGAACAGAGAGGAGCUCGGCAGAGUGGCUAUUACUCGUCAAGAAUACCAAGAACAUGGAUCUGGAUGGGCUGGCCGGCGGUUCGCCGGCCUUGUAUAA